AUGACACUAAGCUUAGAGCCGCUGCCGGCCGAGUGGCUUGUGCGCGUGUCCCGCUCCAAGAGCAAAGUCUACUACUAUCACACGCUCACCAAAAAGACGCAAUGGUCCCGCCCCACGCCUGAAGACCGCCAGAAACUCGACCAACCUGAUGCAAAUACAGUUGUCGAGCACAAGAACAGUGUCCUGCAUACUCUAAUCGCUACUUCGAUGCGCGUCGGGGGCAGCUCCUUAACCCGCGGGACGAAGAAAGCAGUGUUGUUUACUCCGUGGCCGCAUCAAUUGGCAGCGGUGGAGAAUAUCAUUACAGCCAUUCAGAGGAGGACAAUUAAAGAAGACGAAGUGUCCACAGAGACAGAGAGAUUCUUAUUACAACACAGCACUGGUGCAGGUAAGACUCUGACAAUUGCAGCGCUCACACACCAGCUGCUGUCCGUGAAGGACACUCGCUCCUUGAGGUUCCACACGAUCGUGGUCAUGCUGGACCGAGUCAAGCUAAACGAGCAGGUGGGAGACGCAGUGGAGACGUUUCUGCGUCGCAACGGAGUGGACGAGGUCUUUCGAGCUGAGAGUAUCGAGCACCUGGCCAAACUACUGGAUUCCACGCAGCAAGAGAGUCCACAGCGAGUGAUCAUCACUACAACUCACAAGAUGGGGCUGUUGGUAAAAGACGACGUGCUGCUGACGAGAUUACUUCAUCGUAGCUCGAAUACCAAGCCAGGUACAGUGGCAACAGAGGAAGUUGAGAAGGAUGAUCCAUUCCAGCGAGUGGCAAUCAUCACGGAUGAAGCGCAUCGGUCACACACGUCGUCUACACGAGAUGCUAUCGAGAAGGUCGUGAAGGCUGGAGAGGGCAGUAGAGCUCGACUCACGUUCAUUGGCUUUACGGCGACACCGAAUACCGACGCUCUUGAGCUGUUUGGGUCUGAAACCGAUGACGGGUUUCGGCAUCCAUUCCACUGCUAUCCGAUCGCUCAGGCCACCGCGGACGGUCGAAUUAUGAACAUCCUAGAGGACUACACCUGUGUGCACUGCAAGGUGGAAACUUCAGUGUUCCCCAAGCCAGUUCAAGAAUUGCUACGAACGAAUCGUGGGGCUCGACGUCGUGUCCUCGACCACGCAAGUGAUGAUGUUGCUGUUCUGAAGGCCAAGGCGCUGGUUAUGAUGACGGAUUUUCAGACAAUGAAACGAGAACACCCGAAGGUGAAAUGUAUGAUUGUGGUGCGGAGUCGACAGGAUGUCGUGCGCUACUACAAGUUGAUCGCUACGUUCGUUGCAAAGAAGAAGCUUGGGUGGAAUUGCUACGCUGCUUUCAAACAGACGCUAAACACCCGCAGCGUCACACUCGCUAUUAGCGACAUCGUUAUAGUCUGCGAUAAACUCGACACGGGUUACAACGAGCCUUUGCUCGCGUGCAUGUACGUCGACCGCUACUUACGCUCCAGUGCACACACCGUGCAGCUACUCAGUCGUCUUAAUCGUCGGCACAAGCACAAGCCUCGUGUUCGCGUGCUCGAUUUCGCUAACCAUGCAGCGCAGAUCCGAAGGAGCUUCGCCGAUUUCUGGCGUGACGCUAGAGCUCCGACUUUGACAGAUUCGAUCGAUGAGACUGCAGAGAAGAAAGACCUGGUGACAGCAAUCGCCGUUCUCUGUGACCACUUUCCAGAGCUGUGCACUUCUCCGUUUGAGAUCGACGAUCCUCGCUCCUUUGUGGAAGAAAAAGUGCUCCCUUUAGAGCGCGAUGCUUUUCAACAAGUAGUGGAUUCACUUCGGGGGGGUGUCGUAGCUUUCAAGCGGCUCGAGCAAGCUGGACGUGACGAUUUCUUCGAACGCGCCUCCCCUUUCAGCUACUAUUUGCUCUAUGAACUCAAGAAAGAGACAGAAAGUCACCUCGUUGCAGUGGAUGCAGACGUCGAGCUGUCCCUGGACGAAAUCAAGACCAAAAUGUCCGCUCGAGUUCAAAAGUAUCGCAAGUCUUUUUCCGGUGCACUCUAUCCGCAAUCGCUUCUGGUACGUUGCAAAUGUUGA